AUGAGUAUUACACAUUGUAUAUUCGAUUUGGAUGGUCUAUUAUUAGAUACAGAAUCAAUAUAUACUGAAUGUUUACAAAAAUUAUGUGCACCAUAUGGAAAGAAUUUUAGUACAGAAACAAAAGUUCACAUGAUGGGAAAAUCAUCAUUAGAAGUAGGACAAAUUUUAAUACGAGAAUUAGAUUUACCGAUGACUGAUGAUGAAUUUUUAAUGAAAUCAUAUGAAUUUUAUCAAGAAGCAUUUCCAUCAGCUGAACUUUUACCUGGAGCUGAACGUCUUAUUCAACAUUUAGCAGCUCAUAAUAUUCCAAUAGCAAUUGGUACUGGUUCUUCAUAUGAAUUAUAUAUGUUAAAAACAAGUGGUCAUCGUGAAUUGUUUAAUUUAUUCGAUCCAGUUGUUUGUACGGAUGCAACUGAAAUACGUUUAACAAAACCUGAACCAGAUGUAUUUUUAGCGUGUGCAGAAAAAUUUCCUAAUCCACCAUUAUCUAUGAGUCAAUGUUUAGUAUUUGAAGAUGGAGAAAAUGGUGUACAAGCUGCACUUGCUGCUGGAAUGAAAGUUAUACUUGUACCAAGUUUACCAUUAAGUACUUAUGAUCCAUUGGUUAUUGAACAUACUACACUUACAUUGGAGAGUCUUCUUAAAUUUAAUCCAGUCGAAUUCGGUUUGCCAUCAUUUGAUGAUAUGUAA